UAAAAGACGAAUCAUACACGUGAAGUAUGAACGAAGUAGAUAUAACGAUAGCAGUGCUGUGUUUCCUAUGUGUAGUGAUCGGUAUCCCAGCUAACACUAUCUCCCUGAACUUCUUCCUGAAGAAGACCAGCAACAUCUCCACCUGUAUCUACAUUGCUAUCACUUCUACUGAUCUCCUUACUUGUAUCAUGGUCUUCCCAGUAGGACUGUCACUGUCAGCUGAUAGACGAGAUAUGAUGUUUAGCAACAGCGUGUUCUGCUCUCUUUGGGGCAUUAUCUGGGAGUUUAUCCCUUACUACACAGCUUUCCUUGUCUUCUCGCUUAGUAUUCUCCGUACUCUAGCCCUUCUCAAGCCUUUUUACAGGAUAAAAAACAAGAUAGUUGUGAGCGUUCUGAUAGGAUACGCAGUAUUUUUAAUGACCCGACAAGUGGUGGGUGUUAUACUGGGGUACAGUGAUUAUAAGUACCAGAACAGUACUACUUACUGCUGGAACCACGCCACAGACCCUCACUUCCUGGUAUCAGAUGCGGUAUUUUCAUGUCUACAACUAGCAUUCCCCAUCCUUCCUAUCACAGUAAGCUGCAUCACAUCCUCUCUAGUCAUCUUCCUCAAAGACUCCACAGACUCCAACAAGUCCACCCAGGAGAUGAGGAGAAAAGCAACAAUCACAAUCAUCCUCUUCACUCUUGUCUACAUCCUCUUCCAUGUGCCGGUGUUUCUUAACUAUACCAGAUUUAUAAUUAGUAUGUAUGUAACCGGACGUUUUGGGCAGGGUGUGUUUUAUGAGAAGUAUAUUUGGUUGAUGACGUAUGUGAUGACGGUUGCACUUAAUUCACUUUUUAAUCCGCUUAUUUAUUUGUUGAGGAUGAGUAGGUUUAGGUUGGAGGCUUUUAAGAUUUUUCCCUCUAGCAUCUGAUCAAUCGUUUUAAAGUUGUGAAUCAUGUAGACGAAUUA